UAUAGUCUAUAUUGACAUCUACUGAAAUAUGCACAGAUUUUUUUGUAAAUUAAUUGUCAGGAAAUAAUUUUAAUAUCUUUUUAUCACAAUGGCCGAAGUAUUAAAAGAGUGGCUUACAGAAAGACUGCAGUGUCCAAUAAAAUGGGAAGCGGAAGAAUUUGGAGAUAUGAUGAAAAAUGGUUACGUCAUAGCCAGUGUCUUGCUGAGUUAUAACGUUAUCAACGACGAGAAACAUUUUUUAAUAAGGUCAAGCAAUGCAACUGAAGAUGUUAAAAGUAAUUGGAAGUAUCUUUUAGAAUGGUUACGACAGUUAGAAAUCAAUUUAAAUACCACCGACCUAAAUUUUAUUAUGGAAGGCAAGGGUUCGACUUUACUACGUUUGUUCUAUCAGCUGUUUCUCACUUUAGACAAAAGAGACAGAACAAAUUUUAUUAAACGGGAAAGAAAAAUGGUUUCAAGUUUAGUGGAUAAAAUGGAUAAAAGAUUUAAAGUUGAUAAAGUUGAAGAAGAACAGGGAGCUUUUGUAGAUAAUCUCUCGAGACCACUGCUAAAUGAAAAACAUUACAUUGAAUGGCAAAGGAAGAAAGCAGAACAGGUAAAGGAUACAUAUGAUUACGUUCGACACAAGUACUCUAAAAUGCUAGCUAAAAUUGAAGAUUCUAAGGCACCCAUGGAUUUUAAAGGAGCUAUUCCAAAAAUUGCUAGAAACAAAGAGAGAAAGGAAAUGGACAAGUUUGCGUUAAGGUAUCCGUGUAAAUUUGAAAACUACACGUACGACCAAUUACUUGAGUUAGAAGAAAAAGCAAUGGAAAACAAGAAAGUUCCUAUUGAUACCGAAUGGGCCAAGAGUUACAUGGCCAACUUGUACACUAAAAUGAAUAAAAAAUCGGAUUCCGAAGAAUUUCAGAAGCAACUUAGAAAUGUGUUAAGUGGAUCUUUAUGGGACCUUUCCGUAGCUGAAGAGGAAACUAAACUUGACACGGAAUUGGCGAAAAAAGUUAUGAAAUUAUCACAAUUUGAGAAGCAAAUGUGUACACAAAUCAUGGAAACGAAACAGCAAGCUCGAAAUUUAGUUAAGAACAGGGUUAGGGGUGAAACAGAAUUUGUUGAUCAAAGAGAACAGCAAUUUAAUCAGUUUCUUGAUAAUGUUAAAGAACAAAUUCAUUUAGAGGUCAUGGAAAUAGAUUUUGAAAAGCGACGACAGAAUAUGCUUCACAAAAAAUUAUACGCUGAGAAAAUGAAGAAAAAACGCCAACAUUACUACGAAAUAUGUUAUGAUACGAUGUUGUCUAUUGUCGAUUAUGCUACCAAGUAUGGUUAUUUUAAACGGUUGAUUGGUGAUGAUAUUCCUGAACAUUUUAUUCAUGAAUGGAAGACUUUAUAUUACAAACAGCAACCUAUUUUUAAUAUUCUGGAACCAAUGGAAAACAUUCUUAAAGAACCUGGGGUAGAAGAAGAAAUAGUAGAAGAAGAAGAGGAAAUUAAGCGACACGAGUUAGACCGCCAAGAAGCUUUAAAUGAUAGUGAGUUUAAAGAAUACCAUAACUAUUCGGGACCCUGGACUUUAGAUUUGUUGAUACCCAACUAUGAUCCGGAAUCUGAAGAAAGAAAAUACGAAUACCUUGGCACGCGCGUCCUUGGUCACGUAGUAUAUACUUUGCUUGAAAUUAAGUACCCAUAUCCUCCACCGAGGCCACCAGCACAACUCCCACGGUUUGAAGCAAAGGCUUUUUUACGCGGUCUGCCUGAUAGGUCCAUCACGGUCCCUAUGCAAAUAUUACUUAAUUUACGUCAAAUCCAUGUUGUUCGCAUUGAGACAGCUAUUAAUUUUUGUUUAAGGCGUUUUAAAAAUGAAAUGAUCGGGUGUACUGAUAUAGAAUUAUCGUAUGAUAAAUUUACUACUGCGGCUCAGGAGGAGGAAAACAGAGAGCUAAUUAAAUUAUUGAAAGUUGAUGAUGAAACUACAAAUAAAACUAGCGACUUAAACAUUGCAACUAUGUUAGGUGUUACUCCACCAAAUACUAAGCAAACUCAGACACCUAAAACAAUACCUGAAGAAGAAAUAAUGUUAUCAACUGCAGCAGAGUUGGGUAGGUAUACGUAUGAAGCUCUUAAUUUUGGAGAUUCUUUAACUGACCAUCUAUUGGCCGCCAUGAUAGUGGAGUACCUUAAAGAUCAAGAUGAUAUAAAGGGUUUUGUUAUUAUUAACUAUCCAAACACAUACCGUGAGGCACAAAUAUUGGAAGAAACGUUUUCGGGUCGGGCUCCACCUGACGAGGCAGAUUUGGAAGACAGGGAUGAUAUUUAUUUAGAAGAAAGUAUCUCAAAACAUCGUAAGAAAGAAAAAGACCCGCACAAAGAAGUAAGGGUAUCGAAAAUUGUAAACGAUCCUCAUAAGAAAAAAAGUGAAAAACCAUUUGAGAGUUAUUUCACUUGUUAUAUACGACUCAAGGAAACUGAAGAUAUCCUUCAGGAACUGGUUAUAUGGGAUUUAACCGAGGAAAAUUCUGAAUUCAUUGACAGAUUUUAUGCAAUAUUAGGUAUAAAUUAUAGUAUGUAUUACGAAGUAAUAGAAAAGGAUUUAUUGGCGCAAAUAUGCAAAUACAUUAUAGGUGACUUUUUAACGCCUCUUAAAUCGUGUGAUAGAUUAUUUGGAGAUAAUGUCUUAAGCCUCCUCGAAUUCCCCUCGUCAGAAGACAAAAGAACUAAAUCUAAGAUUGUUAAGCCCGAAGCAAAUAAUGGGAAAUCAAAAGAAAAGUUGCGAAGAGGGUCUAAAGUGAGCAAACAGUCCAUAAAUAACGAACUUGAAGUAAUAAAACCAUCUAAUUCAAUGGAAGAGCAGCCUGAUGAAAUAAUUGCUGUUAUAGAAGAAGUAGGUGGAGAAGAGAACAUGAGUAGGUCGUUUAGUACAGAAGAUUUCAGAAUACUAGCGGGUGAAGAGGAAUGGGAUUAUGCAGAUAUACCCAUUUCCGAAAUUAUCGGUGUUGCAUUAGCCACGUGCUGGGAAGAGAUUGAAAGGGGUUAUAUUCAUGAUAUGGAGCAACUAUUUUUUAGCAAAAGAUUACAAAUGAAUUGCUUAGUUCCAUAUGCUAGAUUUAUAAAAGAUAAAAUGGAACAAAUCAUCACAUUACCGUCACAAAAACAAGAUUUGGUGUGUAAAUUUCAAAAGAAUUACAACGAUUUUGAAAAUGAUUGGCGAGAUGUUCAUUUGACGAAAAACGAAUGGCAUUGUCGUGUAAAAGAAUUACAGAAUAGAUUAUACCAUAUAUGCGAUGAAAGGAAAAUACACGCAGAACAACAGAGGCAAGCACUUAUCUGUGAAAAUUGGGCGAUGGAAGAGUUAACUACUAUGGUUAACACAUACAUUUCAUGUAUGCAGACUGAACUAAACAGGUCUAUAUUGACAUUUCAAACUCUACAUGAUUUCUAUUUCGCUAUGAUAAAGCGAAUGCCACCAACAGAUAGACUGAGUUCGAAAGAUUUGACGAAAAUAUUUAGAGAUGCUGAUGACACUUCAGGUAGCAGGAAAGGCGGUGAAGAUAAAGUUUAUAGACAACUAAAAUUAGCAUUUCAAGAUAUGCAACUGCGAAAUAUUGAAAUGGAUUAUAGUAAUAAUCCUUUCAAUAUGAUCUUAGAGAAUAAUGUAAAGUUUGCUUUAAAAGUAAUAAAAGAUACGAACGAUUCGUACCGUUCUCUAAUCAGCAAAGAAUAUAUAGAAAUUGCAAAGAUGGUUCCAACAGUAAAGAAAAAAGAUGAAAACAGCUCAGAGGAAUCGGUGAAUGCUGAAGAGAUUUUUAAACAGAAUGCGUUAAGGUGUAUCGAAGAAUGGACAAUGGGUAUUAACGGAGAGAUGUUUCGUGCAAGCUUACGAAUAUUGGCGCUCCAGUACAAAUGCUACAGGGAUAUUAAAUUAUUCAAUGAUCAUAUUUUUAAAACAUUUAUAGAUGUUCAAGAAGACAUAAACAACUAUUAUUUGAAUGAAAUUAAAUCUGUUGACCGGCUGUGCAAGUAUUUGCAAAUGGCUGUUGAAGGUGGGAGGAAAAUACCUGAAAGCCUUAUUCUUGAACACGAUACGUUCGUUAUUGAUCCUAACCUUUUGCAGUAUGCACCUCCUGAACCUACUUUUGGUUCGGGAGAUUUAACCGAAGUUACAGGAGAAUUAGAAUUCAAAAUUAGUCAGUUGGCUAGACUUCGUUCCCAGUUUAAAAUAGUAGCUCCCACUGGUAUUUCGUUACAACAAGCUUUCAUAUACCUAUUGCAAGAUUUCAUUUUCUUUGGCAAAGAGUCAUGCGAAGGCCCAUUAGUACCGGAGGAUUGGUGCCGCAUUGAUCCCGAGCAAAUUCCCAAGCUGGUCUUUUUAUUGUUUGGUGAUACAGCUUAUAUUGACUGGAGAGAUUUUUUGAUUUAUUGUUUAAACAUAAAAUUUCCCACAGUAGAAGAACUUUUGGAAAUACGUAAAGAGUUUAGAUGCUUGGAUUUGGAUUCCACAGAAUUACUAAGUCGGAAAGAAUUUGUGAACACUGAGUUUUGGUUUGACCCAGAAUUUGAUCCAGAUGACAAAUAUGCACAAUUGCGUAGGAAUCUAAUGAAACAUUUUUUGUUUGAAUUGUACGAGGUUCAAGAGGACAUGAUAAAUUAUUCAGCAUUUCUUUUGGCUUUUUGCAAAAGUGUAGAUCCUAUAGAAGGAUUUGCUUCGGCUUUAUCCAUGGCUGUGGGAAAAAAGAUUUGUUUCAAUUUAUCUGAAUGCGAAGAAAUUAUUAGCAAAUUAAUAAAGGACAAACAAUAUAGAGACGAAUGUUUAGCGUGUGCCCUUAAAUGUACAGAUCAAUUUCUAAGCACUGUAAUUACCAAUGUAGUGAACACAUGUGAAGGUACAACUAUUAUAGAGCUGCAGUAUACCGAACCAUCGGCAGAAGAAAAGAAAGGGAAAAAGAGUGCUAAGGGGGGCAAGGGAAAGAAAGUUGAGAGCACUCAAAGUGCGCGUAUCCCGAAAAGCCAAAAGAGUUUAUUAAGUCAAAAGAGUAAAACUGUUCAAUCUGCGAUUGACGUGAAAACCACAUUUAUAUGUCGACCGUGUGAAGAAGGAACCGAAACGGUAGAAGAAAAGCCGCCAGAGAAAGAAGAAAUAGAGGAAGAGCAUAAAAUAGAGCCACAACCGGAUCCCAAUGUAGCAUACGCUGUAAGUCAAAAUGCUAUAUGGAACGUUCUCCGCAUUUGUCUCCCCUGGCACUUCAGAUUGGUACCUGAAGAAAGAGCAACACCUUAUGUAGACCAGGUCAAGGAGAUCAUGCGGCGACUAGAAGUAGACACAGAUAAUGGAGAUAUUUACAUUAGCAAGUUCGUGUCUGAUCCCAAUAUUUGUAAGACGCUACACAAGGUAAAGAAGUUUACAUCUCUUAACUUAGCGGAGGAGAUACGUAAAGUAUUCCUUUAAGUUUGUUUACUAUUG